CCGGGCUCUCGCCUCUUGCUUCCCUCCAUUCAACUUUCUAACGCGGGACUCUCUCUCUCUCUCUUUCUCUCUCUAUCUCUUCCCCGACUUUUCGCCGUGCGUUCGGGGGCGGGCUCGAUCCGGAUUCGUCUCUCCGAUCAGGCUGCUGCGCGGAAUUCCGAUCGCGCCUUCCCGAGGUGUGGAUAGCGUGGACGUUACGAGUCUUGACUGUGUUUCGUUCCGGAAGAUUAUUAGGAUGAUGUGCACGUACUUGACACAAAGGGAUAAGCUGGUCAUUCUUCUAUCGAGUGGCAAAAUUGAUCUUUCUUGCAUAGUGAGAUGAGAAAAUUCUUGCCUCGGAUUGCUCUUGUACUGAUGGGCGAGCUCUUUCGGCGUUGUAUUGGUAAAAGAAUUGACUGGAGAAAGAUUUUCUUUCUUGGGGCCAUCAUGACUUUAGCUGGUGUUCUGCUUCCAAACAUCAUCUUUCCUUAUGCACUGGACACAUGGUUCUUCUCUCCUCCCGUGACAAUUUCCGCAUAUGCUAUUUUGAAUGGAACUACCCAUUUGAGUGAGACUGUAAAUGGUGCAACGGUUGAACAAUCUCACCUCGUUUUAGCGGCCCCCGUCGCUUCUGUGAAUGCUUCAACUAACUUGACUCAGUUGGAGUCAGUUGAGGAGGAGAUACCUGCAGUAACUCAAGAAGAAAAGCUGCAGUCUAAUAUAUCAGAGAAGAUCAAUAUAUUGGAAGAAGAAAAGAUUUUAGCCUCACCUCUCCCUUUUCUUGCUUCCCCUCCUCCCCCCCCUUCCCCUCCUCGUAAAAGAUACGUGUCCUCAAGUUUGCAGAGAGACUUAUGGUCUUUGCCACCUCAUGAGGCACUGGUAUAUGCAAAAAAGGAGAUUGCACAUGCUCCACCAGUUACUGAUGAUCCAGAUUUGUAUGCCCCGUUAUUUAGAAAUAUUUCUGUCUUCAAAAGGAGCUACGAAUUAAUGGAACAAAUACUCAAAGUUUAUAUUUAUCCGGAUGGACGACGUCCAAUCUUCCACCAACCCCACCUCAGGGGAAUCUAUGCUUCGGAAGGUUGGUUCAUGAAGCACAUGGAGGGGAACCGCCAAUUUGUCACAAGGGAUCCUGAAAAGGCUCAUUUAUUCUAUCUAUCUUAUAGUGCACGCCAGUUGCAGAAGGAACUUUAUGUGCCUGACUCUCAUAAUACGAGACCACUAUCGAUUUUCUUGAGAGAUCAUGUGAAUUGGAUUGCUGCAAAAUAUCCUUUCUGGAAUAGGACACAUGGGUCAGAUCAUUUCCUCGUUGCUUGUCAUGACUGGGGCCCAUACACAGUGAAUGAGCACAAGGAACUAAGCAAAAACACUAUAAAAGCUCUAUGUAAUGCCGAUUUAUCAGAAGGAAUUUUUACUGCUGGAAGGGAUGUUUCCCUAGCAGAGACAACAAUAAGAAACCCAAGGAGGCCUCUUAGAUAUGUUGGUGGUAAGAGAGUGUCUCAGCGCUCCAUUCUUGCAUUCUUUGCUGGAAACAUGCAUGGUCGGGUACGUCCCACUCUUCUCAAGUUCUGGCAAGAUAAAGACGAAGACAUGAGAAUUUAUGGGCCACUGCCCAAUAGAGUCUCCCGAAAGAUGUCUUAUGUAGAACACAUGAAGUCUAGCAAAUACUGUAUAUGCCCCAUGGGUUAUGAAGUUAACAGCCCCAGGAUUGUCGAGGCAAUAUAUUACGAAUGUGUUCCUGUUAUAAUCGCUGAUAACUUUGUUCCUCCUUUAAAUGAAGUCCUAGAUUGGAGUGCUUUCUCUGUCGUCGUGGCAGAGAAGGAUAUUCCAAAACUAAAGGAGAUACUAUUGGCAAUUCCUAUGAGGAAGUAUAUGCGGAUGCAGACCAAUGUGAAGAUGGUGCAAAAGCAUUUUCUAUGGAAUCCAAGACCACUCAGAUAUGAUUUGUUCCACAUGAUUCUGCAUUCUAUUUGGUUUAGCAGGUUGAAUCAGAUCUCUCUUCCGUCAGCAUACUGACUUUCUUGCUUUCCGCUGUGUCUGAAGUCAAAGAGCGUGCUUGAGAUGAGAUGGAUAAUUUUAUGCAAAAUUAGCAGAAGGGAUUAAUUUCAACUCUCCGAAAGCUACAGCCUUGGUAUUUGAGACAGAGACCAAAAUUUUCGCAGUACUUCAGAAUCGAUGAUGGCACUAGGACACUAUGGGUGAAACAUAAAACUUAAGCAUAACUCAAUGUUGAAGGUACGUUUGCUCAUCCUAAUUACUAACUAACUUUCCGGGGGUUGGAAGACAUUUUCAGGCGUGAAUUUGAUUGGCUGAUGAUACGCGUCACUAGAUUCUACUGUGGAUCCACAGCGGGCUCUGCCCCAGGCUUGAUUUUAACUUACACCUAGAAGUAGGUCCCGACCAAUAGGCAGGCCUGGCCUGGGACCAGACUAAAAUAAAUCCUCGUCUACAGCCACCCUUGUUUAACUUCACUUGGGUCUUCUUUCGCCUUGCCGACAGAAUUCGGUGCUAUCGUUUUUCCAUACAUGUCUACUUCAAUAGUAAAAGCCGAUCUCAAUUUGUCAAGGAAAAUUUGUGCGUCAUGCGGGUGCAUGCAUCUCUGCUGGCUUCUAAAGCUUUAUCUUGACCUUCUGCAGCGAGAUGACCACCCAGUUGGUGCAACCCUCUUAAAGCCCGAGGCAGAUUUGGCGAGUUGGUGUGGGCUUUAAACUCCAUAUGACAUUGAUGUGUACAGAAACUUUGUAAGAAUGUCCCACGGUACAGCAAAAUUCCUUUGUUUGAGAAACGGGACCAUCAAUUUGUACAGUGACAACAACCUUCGACAGUGAUAUCCUAUUUCUUAUCGUCGAUUUCAGGGGAGAUAUGAUGUUUGAUUUUAGACUGCCUCUUCUUGGAGGAGUCUAAAGUAGCUGGCUCGGACACAUCCUCUGUGUCUGUCUGUCUGUCUCUCUCUCUCUCUCUCUCUCGCUCUCUCAA